ACAAAUUGGGAAAAUCUUUGUGAGUGAGUUUUUUCAACCACUUCAAAUAGAAGAGCAAGCACUCUGUUUCUGCAGCUGACAAGUUUCAGUUUUCGGCACAUUGAGAACUUGUGUUUACAACUGCCUUCUUGUUGAGUUUUUGCUUCACCACGCCUUCCAAAUUCACUCUUAACGGCAGGUCUCCCUCAAGAGGACGCCGGGAUAUUCAUCGAAGCCCCUCCUUUAUAGAGAAAAGCUCGAAGAAAGAAAACAUGGGCACCAUGACAGACCACAAGCCAUGUUUUUACAAGAUCAUCUUGGACGGUGAACCAAUGAAGAGAUUUCCGCCGCAAUUCAUGAAACAUAUAUGGAAGGAUUUAUCUGAUACAGCAACUUUGAGAGUUGCCUCUGGUGGGUUGUGGACGGUUAAAGUGAAGAUCAUUGGAAACGGUGUGUUCAUGGAGGAAGGUUGGGAGGAAUUCGCCAGAGAUAACUCUGUGAAGAACAGUGAUUUUCUGCUUUUCGAGUAUGAUGGAAACAUGCGUUUCAGUGUGAAGAUUUUUGACCCUAAUGGAGUGGAAAGAAUUGGAACAUCUAGCAUUAGAAUGCCUCAAGAAUCUUCAGGGAUCUCAAUUGGUAGAAUGCCAAAGGGAAGGCCAAGGAAGAACCCUGUUGAUGCUUUGAACCGCCAAUAUACUCCAUUAAACUCCUCUGAUGAAAUUGGUAAAAGGCCAAGAAAGGACCCUGUUGAUGCUUUGAACCUCCAGUAUACUCCAUUAAACUCCUCUGAUGAAGGCUCACACACGAAUCAAAAAGAUGCUUAUUCAAGAGAUCAAAGCCUUGCAUCUCACAAAUCCAAGAAGCUUAAAACGACAGAGAAAGGAAACAAUGUGAAUGCCAACAGAAUUGAGAGUUCAAGCAAGCAACCGAAGAGAACUACAAUGAAACCAAGUGUUGAAAAGAAGAAACCUUCCUUCACAUCCAAGAGAAGUCAUCCCAUUCUCUUGGACUAGUUCAUUUCAAACAAAGAAAAUGCUCCAGUUCCUGAUGAAGUUGAUGGAUCUCUGAACUAUUUUGCAUUAUCUGGUUUUCGUUUUGGCUUUUGUUUUAACUUGGUUGAACUUUAGAUGCUGUAAUUGGUUUGAGUUAAACUCAGUCUGAUAUUUUCACUGUUUAUUAUGAAAUAUUAAUAUCUGAAUUAUGGUGAGAAAGGAA